AGCAUACACUGAUCUACCAACUUCAAGAGAAGACCAAUGACCACUGAGCUGUGGAAUAAUACCCCAGCUAUGAGCAGUCUGGAGGACAGCACGAGACUGAAAAUGGACAGAAAGUUAUUAAAGCCUCAGGUGGAGCGAAGGAGGCGCGAGAGGAUGAACAAGAGUCUGGAGAGUCUGAGAACUUUACUCCUGCAGAGCCCUGAGGCAUUAUCCCAGAGGCGAGUGGAGAAAGCUGAGAUCCUGGAGCACACGGUUCUGUUCCUGCAGAACUCCACGACCCAAACCAAGCAGAACCAAGACUGGGACGAGACUUCGGAGCGGCGGCAGUUCAUGGACGGGUUCUCGGCGUGUCUUCAGCAGGCCGCGCUCUUCCUGCAGACGGAGGGCGAGGCUCGGGGGCUACAGGCCUCAUUAUCAGCGAGCCUGUGCCAACGAUUGAGCCACCCGCACCACGUACCCGCCGCUGGCACCGCCGGUACCACCGGAACCGCGCCAAACUGGGCCAAAAUCUCGUCCAGAGCCGCCAACGCGUCCGAGAAGAAGGUGUCCUACAGUCACGGACUCGAAUCUACAAGAAAAACCUCACCCCUGUCACACCCGUACAGCCUGCCACCACGCCACACAUACUCUGCCAGCCUGGCACACCGCCACAGAGACUCACACGCCACCUCCAGUCCCGCCACGGGCCACGCGUGCGGGCAGCAGGUCAGCGUGGGGCAGGGAGUGUGGCGGCCGUGGCCUUGAGACUCUGUAGAGUCUAAAGAACUGAAUGAACUGAACUGAACUUAAAGCCGGACGGGUGCAAUAAAAAACUUUAUUUACGCAGUAAAUGAAUAGAAAUUGGAAAUAGAAAUAUAUAUUGAUAUAAUGAUCCUGGAUCAGACAGAUUAGAAAAUAAGAGUAUUUAUUUGAGUGUUCAGACUGCAAAACUGUGUGUAAACAGUGCGUAAAACUGUAUGUAAAUAGUGUACAAACGAGAGCUCGCUAAGAUGUUUAGUAAGAUGUAUUUUUUAUUUUUCUAUUCUUCGCCGACGCGUCCUCUGCUGGUACUGUUUUUUAGUAUCGUAUUUAUCUGUAUUUUGCACAUUAAUUUAUUGAUAUGUCCAUUUUUUGCUGCUGAGCUGUGCACGCGGAAGGCAGAAAUAAACACAAAUA